AUGGAGAACAUUGACGCGUCCCCUCUCUCCACCACGCACAUUCGCAACUGGACUCGACGUGACCCCGUCCUAUCCAAGGUACUCCAGUUCGUCGAGGGAGGAUGCUGUCCACGUGAUAAGGUGGAGGAGGACUUGAAACCGUAUACCACUCGUAGUGAUGAGCUCUCAGUACAAGACGGCUGUCUCAUGUGGGGCAGUAGAGUGAUUGUUCCGCCAAAGGGACGUAAACGCGUCCUACAGUGUCUACAUGAGGAUCAUCCUGGGAUUGCUAGGAUGAAAAGCCUCGCUCGAGGAUUCGCAUGGUGGCCAAAGAUGGACUCCGACAUUGAAUUCGAAGUCAAGGGAUGCCACAAUUGCCAACAAAACCAACCGAUGCCACCUAAGAGUGAACUGCAUCCUUGGAAAUGGCCUGAACGCCCAUGGUCGAGACUACAUAUCGACUAUGCGGGCCCCUUCCUGGGCAAGAUGUUUCUCAUCAUAGUGGACUCGUAUUCGAAGUGGAUGGAAGUCUUCCCACUGAACAAUGCUACAACACACGCGACCAUCGAGCAACUUAGGGUAGCCUUUGCCACCCAUGGGUUGCCAGACAAAGUUGUGUCUGACAAUGGCACAUUAUUCACUAGCGCAGAGUUUCGCAAAUUCAUGACCAAGAAUGGUAUCCUGCAUAUUCUCACCUCGCCAUAUCACCCAGCCUCAAACGGAUUAGCUGAGCGUGCAGUCCGUACCUUCAAGCACGCUAUGAAGCGAAUGGACACAGGGACAGUUGAAACUAAGGUUGCAAGAUUCCUGUUUCACUACAGAAUUACUCCGCACACUUCAACAGGUCUGUCUCUCGCGGAAAUGCUGAUGGGUCGACGCUUACGCUCCCACCUUGAUCAGCUUCGCCCUGACGUAGCGCAGCGUGUCAUCAAACAACAGGAAAAACAGAAACAUCAUCACGACAAGCACGCCAAGACACGUGUGUUUCAGAUUGGUGACACAGUCCUAGUUCGCAACUUCACUAAGACUGGUUACUCAUGGCUACCAGGCACCAUCGCAGGCUAUGCUGGUCCAGUCUCCUACAAGAUCCGUCUAGUUCACAAUGGUUGCGAGAUCAAACGACAUUUGGAUCAUCUUCGCAAACAAGAGAGCGUACCACAUGAACCACAUCACGAGUCGCACAACCCGGACGACGACAUUGACUUUGGGUCUGCUAUCGCCAUCCCACUUCAAGAACAACCUCCCGUGGAAAAUGUCAUCCCUCCAGCAACCAACGACCAGCCAGAACCACAAGCACCGGCAGAACCAGAACCACACGCACCGGCCGAACCUGAACCGCAACCUGUUCCACCAGCUGACAGGAAAUACCCAGCUCGCAUCAGGAAUGCACCUGACCGCUAUGGAUUCAAAAACACUUAA